AAAGUUUAUUCUCACAAUCCUUGCUUCCUUCCUUCCCUCUCAACACAAAAAAUACAAGUCGUUGUCAAUCGAUCACUCGAAAAAGACAUGCAAAGUGUGGAGGAUGUGGAGACUUUGGCGCAACAGGAAGUGGAUGGAUCAACGAAGGAUGCUAUGAGAGAAGAACAAACGGUAUCCAACAAAACAUUGUAUGUAUACCCUACUUCAGAAAGACUCAACGAGGAACACUUGAAAGAGAUUUUUUCCCUGUUUGGUUCCGUCGACAAGUUGACAUACGUAAAAGAAGAAAAAUAUGGCAGCAUAGUCUUUAUGGAGGAGGAAGACGCUAUCAAAGCUUCAACUAUUAUGGAUGGUGGCAUAAUUGAUGGGAAAAAUAUAAGAACAAAAGUAGACAAGCUCCACGAGCUCUCUUCUUUCGAGGAAGAAGAGGAAGCGUGUCUUCCAACAGGAGACUUUCUGAUAGACCUAGAAAAGAAAGCAAGACGAGAACGAUUUCUCGUCCAUACAGUAAACCGGAAUUCAGAGACUCAAGAAAGUCGCCUGUUCGUGGUCGUUUUGAAAGAGAAAAACGUUAUGUCGAAAGCAGAAGACGUGACUCUUCUAGUCCUCGUGAAAGAAACAGGAAAAGCAUAUCGGAGGAAAGUAGUCGUGAAGACAAACUUUAUCCCGUUCAUCAGUCCAAAAGUCAAGUUAAGAGAAGGAAGACUUCCUCUGAAGAAAGUGGAAUGAGUCACGAGAGUUCAAGUCAUCGCUCGCGUUAUUCUAGGAAACACUCU